AUGUCACAAGAUAAAGAAGACGCGGCCAAUGGUGAUAAUGUUGCACUCAUAGAGCAAACAAACGAAAAACGCAUAGGUUGCGCUCAUUAUAAACGCCGAGCAAAAUUUGUGACACCAUGCUGCAACAAGUUUUACAUGUGCCGCUACUGUCAUGAUGAGAAGGAACAGCAUUAUUUUAACAGAAAGUCAGUGACAGAGUUGAUUUGUACCGAGUGUGACACAAGGCAAAAGGUGCAGGCUGAAUGUGAAAACUGUGGUGUAAGGUUUGGAAAGUACACAUGCCUGAUCUGCAACUUGUUUGACGACGAGGACAAGCGGCAGUACCACUGCGAGGGUUGCGGCAUCUGUCGUGUCGGUGGCCGCGACCGUUUCUUCCACUGCGAGCGUUGCAAUAUGUGUCUGCCAGUACAAUUGCAACGCGUUGGUCAUCGGUGUGUGGAGAAUGUGUCCCGGUCGAACUGCCCGGUUUGCCUGGAAGACAUCCACACGUCCCGCAUCCCGUGUCACAUCCCGGACUGUGGGCACCUGCUGCACCGGCCCUGCUUCGAGCAGUUGCUGCACUCUGGACACUACGCCUGCCCCACAUGUCAGACCAGCAUGAUCGACAUGUCCAAUUUGUGGAGUUACUUGGACUCCGAAGUGGCGGCAACGCCGAUGCCCCCAGAGUAUGCUGAUUACAAGGCCACAAUCCUGUGCAAGGACUGCCACAAGUUAUCAACGGUAAAGUUUCAUGUGGUGGGCCUGAAAUGCCAGCAUUGUGGAGCAUACAACACUUGCCAAACAAAUGGUUUCCAUAAGGAGUCGAGUAGCACAGAGGCGGAGGAGGCGUCAGCUUCCAGCGGCGCGGCGUCGCCCGCGGCUGCGUCUGCGGGUACGGCUAACGCCGCGGCCGCGAGCAGCGCGCGCGCCGACUGCGAGCUGCAGCGGCCCUCGCCGCUCGACGAGCCGCCGCAAGCCUGA